CUCUGCCAUUCACGUGACUCUCCUGAAUAAUGACGGAAGUAGGAGUGCAGCGUAGUAGUCUCUCGACAAUGGCCUCUACUUCAGUUUUAUUAUUUAUCUUUUCGAUUUAUAGCUGUUAUGCUCAAGUGCCUCUGCUCAUGUGGACCAGUGAUGGCUACAGUAUGCCACAUCUGGCUCAACCAGCAGCUGGUCAGGCUGUGUCUGGUGGGCAGCUGUUGUCUUAUCUGAAAUCUGCCUUGUCCACUGCUCCUCACAAUGUGCUGCUCUUCUUACAGGAUCAGCUAAGUAUAGAUGACUUCACCAUGUACGGUGGAGUUUUUGGGAACAAACAAGACAGUGUCUUUUUAAAUGUAGAGUCAGCACUUCAGACAUCCUCCAGUUCUCUGAUGCUGCCAGCCCUGGACUGGUCUGCAUCGGAUUCAGUCCUGGAACUAUUCCAGGGAGAGCUGGGUAUCCCAGCAGUCCACAUCAACCCAAGCACCCUAAAGGAAAUCAAGCUGAACACCGCACAGCCUUCACUGCUGGUUGUCCAUCUCCCUUACACUGCUGGGGCUCAAUCAAAGGAAUUGCUUUUGAAAAAUGAUGAGAUCAUUGGAAAGGUCGUUGACCUGUUCAAAUCUCAGGACGUGCCUUACACCGCUGUAUACACCGGCCUCAAGCCCUCCAGAGUCAUUGAGGAUACCCCAGUAAUGGCAGGAAGUUUUAUGGGCCGAUCACUACUUCAGGCACCAUCAUCGCCGUCUGUGAAACCUCCAGUUGUCUUCAACAACACAGCGGGGCAACCCUGCAUCUUGCUGUGGGCCGACACUCUCCUCGCAAGCUUCCUUGGAAAAGAAAUUGAUCUGGGAAAAGACAUUUUUAAUGGUUCUGCAGCUCCUGACCUGACUGGUUCAGUUUGCAAUGAAACACUGUCAAGACUCGUCCUGAAUUACCAAAAUGUUCUGGAUUUCCAAUCCCUCCAGCUUAUCUUCUCUAUGCGCAAGAUCUUCUUUCCUGUGUCUGCUCGCAACUGGACGGUCAUGGAGCAGGUGGUGCUGGAGUAUGACGGACAGAGGGCGAUCUUUAACGCCAGUGCUGGUAUCUACGCUCCUGCUGAGUAUUCUUUCCAUUGCCAGAACGUAAGCAGUGUUCAGAGCCCCCUGCUGGUGCCUCGCAAUGCUACGGACAACGCCACCCAAUGGAAGCUGACCUUCACUGAUUUUCAGAUACAAGGUUUCAACGUUACUGGUGAAAUGUUCUCGUAUGCCAGCGAUUGUGCAGGGUUCUUCACUCCGGGGAUUUGGAUGGGCCUGCUGACCUCUCUGCUCAUGGUGCUCAUUCUUACCUACGGCCUGCACAUGAUCAUGCAGAUUCACACCAUGGACCGCUUUGAUGAUCCAAAAGGCCCAGCGAUUUCAGUGCCUCUGAGUGAAUGAGCUGUGAUGUUGUCAAACUGUAAAAAUAUCUGAAAUUUCUGGAUCUAGCAUGAUUAUUUAAAUGUCUAUGUUUAUUCAAAGGCAAAA